AAAACGCGGAAUUUCUUUUCCCCGCCCCUCGAAUUUCCACGUUCCACAACAAUUUUUUUGAAGGAAAAGAUAAUCCAAAGCUUAGGAGGAAUUCAUGGCGUGUUUCUUACAGGCGCCAAUGGCCUACGCAAUCGUGUCUUCAGCUUCAUCUUCUUCUUCUCGAGCGGUUCGAGUACCGAAGUCUUUGAAGCUCAGUGGCGGAGCUUUGGGUGCCAGAAACGCCGCAAAAAUCCACAUGCCUCCAAUAAGCCCUAAGGACCCAUUUCUUUCGAAACUAGCUUCCGUCGCCUCUUCUUCCCCCGAAACGCUUGUUAACAGCUCCGUUAAUCCCGAUACGCCGCGGUUUCUGGACUUGUUUGAUUCUCCCAAACUCAUGGCAACUCCAGCUCAAGUGGAAAGAUCAGUGUCAUACAAUGAGCACAGGCCGAAAAGCUCUCCACCGGACUUACCUUCAUUGCUUCUUAACGUGACAGCUUGUAGUUGCAGAACUAAUGUAUCUUCAAUGAAUGGAACCGAAGCAACCAAUCUAUCUUUACAUAAACUCUACGGGAACAACUCAUGAUGAUGGUGAAACGGUGA